AUGAUUUUAUUAUUACAGUUGAUGUGGAUGGGUAUAAAUGCAGCACUGUUUGUCUCAACAUACAUGAAUUACGGACAUACAAAGAAGUACACUUAUUUGAGACAGAUUAUCAAGGUAUGGAAGACUGUAUUCAUGUAAAAUAAAUAAAUUAUAUGAAAAAUGAUGAUACCUGUCAGAUAGAGAGGGUGUCAGGAUGGCUAUUUCUUGUAAUCUAUUGUUGGUUUUAACCCUUUAAGCCCCAAUAUCGACAUACAAAUUCUCCAAACUGAUCUCUAUACAUUUCCUUAAAGAAUGAGUUGAGAGAAUUUGAUAAAAGAUCAAAGCAUUUUCUCAAGAUGAUCAUUUAAUUAAUUCUCAUGACCUCAUCUCACGAUAAUGUAUGGGUAUCGUUAGGAGAACAUUGCUGUUGGUCACUAUUGGGACUUAAAGGGUUAACUGACUGUGUUGCUGUUUUUAGGGUGGGCUACCUUUUGCUCGUGGUGCUGCAAUGGUGUUGAAUUUUAACUGUACGUUAAUCCUGCUGUCGAUGUGUCGUAACAUUAUUUCUCUUAUCAGGAGUAAUCUUAAGGUAAGACUGAAGUACGUGUACCGGCAUGGUUUCUUAAGUGAUCGUGAGUUUAUUUGCCUACAUGUAAAUAGGUACAGUCAAAACUCUUUAAUACGGACACCAAAAGGACAUAACCAAGUGCCCGCUUUACAGAGGUGUCUGUAUUAUAGAAGUAGGGAAUGUAUGUAAUGAUUUUUGGUAUUUCUGGGACCAAACAAACUGUCCGUAACAGAGAGGUGUCUGUAUUAUACAGAACUGUAGAGUUGUCCGUAAGGAGAGGUUAGACUGUACAUUUGAACCUCUAUUAAGCGGUCACUCAUGGGGUACUGGCAAAUGGCCACUUAAUCAAGGUUGGCUGCUGAAUAAAGGUUUAAUUGUUAAUAAUUAAAUCAGCGUAAAUAAAUCAGCAUAAUAUUUAGCAGAAACAUCACCUUUUUUUAAAACAAAUGCGAGGGAAGAAGGUUUUCCUGUCCAAAAUCGGUUGUCAUUUUCUAUCUUGGACUGUAUUUUCCUUUAUCAUUUUCUUAAAAUAAAGCUAAUUAUAUAUACCCGAUGGUCGCUUAAUAGAGGUGAUAACAAUUGGAGAACUUUCACUGCCCAAAAACAAAAGUCCAAAAGGUGGCUGUGGCUGCUUUAGAGAGGUGGUUGCUUAAUAAAGGUUUAGUUUCCCAUUCUUUUCUUAUUAUUAAAUUUUCUGGACUUUGAUUACUGGCCCCUUAACAGAGGGUGGCCACUGUAGGUUCCACUUUACUUACUUAGCUACAGUAUGUGGCAUCUGGACUUUAUAUUUAUGGUUGGGCAUCUCUUUUUGGACUACCCGUUUUCACACUAAAAACCGAUUAUCUGUCUCAGAUGCGUUAUCUGUUAAAUAAUUUGCAUCAGAUGGAUAAUUUGUCUUAAUGUGAAAGCAGAACAGUUUUAAUUUUGGACGAAUAAUCCAUCUGACUGUAUUUGUCUGAUUUUGUGUCAACUUGACAGAUUUUGAAGAUGGAUUAUCUGUGUCAGAUGAUCAGUGUCUAGAAUUGUGAAAACAGCCAUUUAUGAAAGUGGAUAAAUUUUAAGUAAAACUGUUCUCAGGUUCAGUGUACAAAGAAAGUCGUGUCUGAUAGCCCAGAACUACCCCGGUAUGACGUAGGUGGAUUUUUCAAUCCAGAUAGAAAAGUGUAUUUUUAUAGUGAGAUUUCAAAUUCUAGACCUGGAGGUACUGUAAAUAGCCGAAAUUGCUCAAAUUCCUGAUAAAUUCAUGAGGAUCAAAAGCUGCUUUUCAAGCUGAUAUGACAAAGUGAAAUUAUUACUUAAACCCAGUGUUCUCUCUAAAUUUUAGCUCAGCAGGCGAGCGACCAUUCUUGACCGGCGUUAGAGGCGCACUUUCCUGGUGUGGGGGGAAGGGGAGUUUCAGGUUCAUGAAGGCUUUUAUUUUUGAGCAUCCUGUCAAACAAUUGACUGAAAAGUAAUUUAAACACCUCAAAACAAAGACUUUUUUUAAAUGAAGGCUGCCUUUGGCACUUGGGUCAAUUUAGUAACAACUCGCGGAAGUCGUGAACUUUCCUGCUGGUCGAGAAAGUUUAGAAUAAUUGCGUUGAAAGCCCACAAAACAAUUAUUGUUAGCCUGCAGUUCCUCGAAAGGUACCAGUUAGCAUUUGAAUAAAGUAAUCAGAGAGAAUAUAGCUGCGUAUACUUUUUCUUUCCAUAUUUUCUUCCUUUUCUUGUGAAGAUCGGCUUUUAGCACAAGUUGCAUAUUUUUUGAAACAACUUAUUUAAUUUUAGUAACACUUCAAGCGGAUGCAGGCGUAAGAAUUGCUGCUUCAAGUGGUAAAUUUUACUGUUUACUGCCUGAUAAGGAGAACCCUGUAAAACAGAAUUAAUCUUUGUUUCUUAAUCAUAUAAUUUUGUUUUCUAACUCUUUUUUGAAUAAUUUUUAUUAUUAAAACUGACAACAGAUGCUAACCUCCAACAGAAAUAUAUAGCCUUUGUGGGUUAAAAUUAAAUUCAGGUGAAAAUUUUUUGACCCAGUUAGCUACAGGUUUAGGGCAAAAAGACAAACUAACUGAGAAUCAACCUAAUGUUGGUUUAAAGUUUCUUUAUAACCUGAAUUUAAUUUUUACCUGUAACUAUAUUAAUUCAACUUGAUAUUUUUAAUGUGCGGCCUCUGGUAUUGGCAAUAUCAUCUGUUGCCCUUAUGCUGUUAGUGAAGUAAUCACUUUAAAUUUUUAGUUGACAUUUGACUUGCACAUUCGGUGAUUAUUAAUGAUGUCAUUUUUGUCUCUUUAUUUUUAAUUAGUGUGGCUGGUGUAGUGCUGUUGGAAGGUUGUUGGAUAAGAACAUAACCUUCCAUAAGAUCUGUGCUUACACAAUUUGUUUCUUCACUGGUGAGUGAGUAGAGGCUGGGGGGAUGGGGGGAGGGUUUGGGUUGUCGGAGGUUACCUAAACAAUAAAAUCCCUAGGGCUUCCAACAAAACCCCCAAAAUUUGUGAUGUGGUUGGUGUUGUGAUUUUGUAAGGUUGUUGGACAAGAAUGUUACUACUGGGCUAAUACUUAGACAAUUUCUUUCUUUAGCAUAAUUGCAAAGCUGGCAAUCUGGCUACACUGCUUUUACUUUGUGGGCCAACUAUGUUAUAAUUUAGCCACAUGUAAACAUUAUCUCAAAUUCAUACUUGACUAGGAUUUGAUAAAGAGAUGGAAGAUUCUUGCCCAGCAAGAAUAUAUACUGUCUUGUCCUGGACUACAUGUACUUUACGGGACAUUUUUUUUCCAAGCCCUGUCAGGGUUACAAAUAAUUAGGAUUUGCGGACAAAUGAAAAUUUAGAACAAACUAGUGUGAAACCAUUUUAACAUGAAACAUGUACAACAGAAAUAAAGAAAAAAAUUAAGAUGAUGUUUUUCAAUACUUUCCCUAGUGGUUCAUAUAUGUGGUCACUGUUUCAACUUGACAAACCUAACACAGAGUCAUUCUGGAGAUGUGUCAAAGAUUGAGCAACGCCUGAGUCAGUUGGACAAUCCAUGGCUGAACCCAAUAAGAGCAUCUGGAGUUGUGAGUUGUUUAGUUUAGUAGGGAGCUAUAAAUUAAGUCAAACAUGCUUUGUCAUAUUUUUUGUUAUUCAGUUUAUUAUAAAGCUAAAAUGUGUCUUGGCAUGAUAUUAAUUAAAUUCUAGAAAUAAUAGUUUUGUUAGGAAAGGCUAUAUUUAGGCGUUAAAACUGUUUCCCAUUGUCUUUUGCUAUGGAUGGCAAGGAUUAAGGCGUGGAUUGAAAUUUUCAAGUUUUAAUGCUAUGCCAGCGGCAAAAAUCACCAAAAAACCUUGUUCUGGCAAGUGUUCCCUGAUGAAAUUUGUUUCAUACAAAAUAAUGUAUCUUCUGUACAAUUCUACUGGAGCAUUAUUUAGUGUAUUGGUAAAGGCACUAAUUAAUUACUUCAGCCUGUGUACAACUGCGCUAAAACACCAAUAUCCUUGUAACCUAGCCCCUUGACUAAUGAAGACUGGAAAUAUCGCACAUCGUCCAGGAUGACUUGGGACGUUACAAAGAAUUGGGAAGACCUGAUACAUCCCAGAUUUCUGUGAUCAUUUCUGAUCAACCCUUAGCUUGUGUAUAUUAGAAAACUCAAAUUUAAUGUAAUUUUAAUUUAGCCAGGGCUAAAGCGAAUCUCUCGAUAAUAUUUAUAGUUUGUUCAAACAAAAUAUAAAAUUGUGUUAUGCUAAGCGGCGAAGGCAAUGCCUGAGAAUGGUGAAAAACAACAUUAGGUCUAAUUGGCAAAAAAGUAACUUUGCACGUGCAGCACACUUUUUUUGUACAUUUCUUUGCCGUUGUUUUGCACGACUGCAAGAUGAAACUUCCAGAUACUUCUUACAAGUUACACGUUUUAUGGAGGAAAUGUCAAACGUGUUCUCGUUCACUUUUUUUCAAUGCUGCUCAUUUUCACCUUGCAUAUUGGUGGCCACUAGCAGUUCUCGAUUUGUCACCGUUGCUACAAGAUUUUCAUGUCGUUCUUCCAACAAAAAGUGUCUCCUUUGUUUCUUAUCUCUUGCUCUAGAUCUCUGUCGCCCUUUUUCUCGUUGAGCUUCGCUGACCUGCCGCCUACUUUCUAUUUUUUCUGUCUUUCUCUUGCUCUAUAUUCCAAAUUUGUGGACAUGACAAUUAUUAGUCUAAGCUUUAUACUUUAGACAACACGGAUACAGAAACAAUUUCCACUUUCCGUUUUUGUCUUUAUUGACUCUUUAGUUGUCUCUGCUUUACAAGUUGCUGGUGGCUAUGUGAUUUCCAGCCAGAAAAACCUCGAGUUGCAUUUGGGUUGCCAUUAACCUGUUGAUUGAGUUAUUUUACAUUGAUAUGCCUGUGUUGGAGACAGAUGGCCGGCUAGGUGGGCGUACGGUCAUGUGAUUACCAGAUUUUCUUGGAUGGGUAGAUUACUUCAUUUUCUUACCCAUGGUGAUCCGCUGCACGCUUUGCAAGCAAGAGCUCCGCUAUUAGUUCUUUCAACAAUCAAUAGGCGAUUGUUUUUGCUUUGUCCUAAUAAACGUUAUUGAUAGACUGAUAGGAUAAAAGCCAUGUCACAUGGUUUCUCAGGGGGGAAACAAAUGAUAAAAUGUGCCAAUACAAGAAAUAGCGUUCACGUUUGUUUUACUAAACAGCAAAAAAGGAAAGCUUUAAAUUUAAUCUUAAAGAUGAAAUCAGCAAAUUAUGGAUGGAAACAAUCAUUUGGACUUUAUUGAACUCAAUAUUGACUGUAUUUAUCUCCAUUACAAGCAAAAAUGACAUAAAACUUGACAAAACCUGAUCUGUACAUCAGUUUGAAUGACUAUUAAAAUCUUGUAAUUUAGGAAAUGAGGGAAUAAACAAACUCAACCGUGAUUGCUCUUAUUGGCAGCUUUUAUCAUCUGUUUGUGCCCUGAAAAACCACGUGACGUGACUUUUAUUGCAUCAUUUCUAGAGCAGAUGGCUAUCGUUGUGAAUAAGGUCUAUUGUCCGACUGCUUAGCUCUAGUGUUUCCCUUCAUAAAUAAAAAUUGCAUCUGGUACAGACUCUGAGACUCCGUGUCAUUGGAAGCAGUGAGAUCCCAGUCAUCUGAAAUUUUCCCAACAUAUGUAAACUACGCUGUUAUUAGAAAGACAUUAAUUUUUUCUUGCCAACUGAUACUUUUCUGUAAUUGGUAUUCUUAGUUUAAUUUAUUUAUUUCUGUUUCUCAUGCAGGAUCCCGUAUCAGGCCUUUUUAAGACAGGUGAGAUAAUUAAACCAUUGUCCAGAGAAUUUUAUCCUCUGUAGAUGUUUUGCGUAAAAUGUAAUGUCAACAUUUGAGUAAUAACAAUAAUUGUCAUAAUAAUACAAAAUGGAUGAUUUUCAUGCUAGUGGGAAUUACUAAUAUAUAUGUUGUAGGGUAAUUUGUUUCUUAGGUCAUUAUCUGUUUUCAACCAAAUAUAGGUCUAUUUACUUCAACCUAUUGUAGGUAAAUUUGUUUCAACCUACAGUCUCAGUCAAAAUUGUUGGGACACUUUAAAUUUGCUGUCUUCUUGCCCUCCCAAUGUUGGUGUGCAAGAUUUGGUGAGUUAACUAUGAUAUACAACAUUGGAAGGAUGAGGAGACAGGCCAGAACUGAAAAACAGUGUUGGGUGGAAGCAUCCCAGCUAUUUUUGUCUGAGACUGAUAGGUCAAUUUAGUCCAGAUCAGGUUGAUUAGAUUUUAUACAGUCAUGUAUUAAAAAUUAAAGAAACCUCAGUACACCUUUUGUUAAUUUUUUUUCCUCUGCAUUCUGGUGUGAAGAGGAGGCAUUCCUUCUCCAGACUCCAUGUAAUACUAACUUGAUUAUUCUUUGCAUCUUAGCGGCAGGCAUUACAGGCGUCAUCAUAACUCUCUGCUUAAUUCUCAUGUUGUCAUCCUCAACAGACCUUGUAAGGUACAGUUGUACAGUAUGUUGUCCAAUAAGUACUAAACAAGCUCAUUUCUAAAUCAGCUGCUUUAAAGUAACCUCUUAGAGCUUGAAAACUCCCAUCUAAUAUUUAUUUUUUAUCAGUCAUCUGACAGGAAAGAACUUAUACUUGCCUGCAGGGGCCAAAUUUGGGUUGCACGGGCAGAGUGAUAAAUUAACAUUAAUUACCUGCCACUUUGAACAUUUUUUGCACGUUAUUAUUGUCGUGUGUAAAUUACUUUCUGAGACUUGGUGAUGUGCAUGCUUGCAUACGAUAAUAAGCCAUGGUCUGUCAGUUUGCCAUGAUAGCAAGAAGGCAUGCUUGCUUUUUUCCUGGUAUACUGUUCUCUAAAAGUUCUAAAUUAAGGGAUUGAGUGCAGGUAUCGUUGACUACAGUGACAUGAUGUGAUGAGGUUUUAAAAGUACAAUUAACCUCACUCUUCUGAAGGACAACUUUUGGAGUCAUCUUGCUUAACCAUGUGAGCUUGUAGUCGCCUGGUAUGACAGAACAACUGCAAUUCUGGAUCCUUCCUUGCACUUCUUAGGUGAUCAAGAUAAUAGUGUCUAGGCACUUAGAAGAUCAGGUUUAUUUGUUUCUUUUAAUUAAAAAGAAGUCAAAGUUCUGGGCCCCUUAAAUCUUGAGCUUUGUCUUAAGUAUUGACUGCAUGUAUAAGAUUAGAAAAGGUUGGUGUGAUUACAUUAUUGGUUUUAAUUUUCAUGUAAUUAUUAAUGAACUGAAAGUCUUUCUGGAUUCAAAAACUGGAAAUAUUUUGUUUUGUCCGCAGGAGGUCAUACUUUGAGACAUUUUGGUUCACUCAUCAUUUGUUUGUUGUGUUCUUUGCUGGCCUUGUUGUACAUGGUACUGGGUAAGUAACUUAACCCUUCAACUCUCAAGCCCCAAAUCCACAUAGACAUAGGUUUUGGCGCACCCUGAAUAUUGUGCAUCUCAUUACCAUCUCUGUUGAUUAGUUAUUGAUUUAUUAGAAAAUAGAUGUUGGAAACGCUUGGUACUUAGGGGUAAUGAAUGCGCUGACAAUGUAUAUGGAAGAGCCAAAAUUGAAAAAAACGUUUUGACUACUACCCUUGGUUGCAUCGAAGUGUGGACACGCAACAAAAAAUCAUGUUCUCAUAGGGUGCCAGACGUGACAUGUUUUGGCACCAAACAUUUGAAGUUUGACAGCUGUUAAAGCAAACUGUCACGCCAAAGGUAAGUUGUUUAUUAUGUUUUUGACCGGCGCGUUCUGCUCAUAUUUCACUUUUCUUAACUCUCAGGCAUUUUAUUUCUCGCUCAGAAACAGCACACUCGCCUCCAGAAAUUAUAUUGCUAACGUCUAAAAACUCUUGCAAAGAAUAUUUUGUUGAGUGAAAACAAAUCAAGUCGACAACAGGCGCCUACUCCAAACUUUGAAUGUUUGGCCAAAACAUGUCAUGUUUGCACGCAAUAAUUCAUUUUUUUUUCCUCACGUGUACCCACUUAGAUGCAACUGAGUGUAAAAUGGCAGCAAAAACAUCACAGUCUCAAUUGUUUUGUUACGGGUUUUAUUUUUACAAGGCUGCUGUGGAUGCAAACCUGAUUCUUACAUGUAUAAAUAUGAUUAUACAUGUACAUAUGUACAGUGAAGGGAAGAUCAGAACUUACCAGGCAAUGCAUGCAUAUUUCAUGAACGAUGCAAUUCUUCUUUCACUUGUCCCUUUGGUGCUUGUUUUACAAGGAGUAAAUAAUGGUGAACUAAUUUUGUAGAUGGCAGCCCUGGUUAUUUCUCUACUAUAUGCUUUUUAAACACUUCUUUAAAAUCCAUGGACUUUCAUAAAAAAACAGUCCUGAUCCUUGUCAGUCAAAUCUUGUAACAUUAUGUUCUUUUUAUAUAAAUCAAAGAAAUGAUUGCUCAGACAGCUCCAUGCUUAUUGUGGUGUUGGCUGUUUUUACUUUUUCCUUAAUUUUCCUCUAACAGUUAAUUCAUUGAUUGUUUAUGAUGUCUUAUGCUCUUAGGGAUCUACUUCGUUAUCAGACAAACAUGGACAAACAUGACCCAGAUGAGUGCUUGAAGGAUGUGGAACUCUGGAAUAAUAGUACUAGCCGCUGUAAUACGGUUAAGCCUGAGUUCAAAGCACCUGGUGCCAUGGUGGGUAGAAAUGGGUAAUGUGACUGUUGGUACCUCAACAUGGGCGGAUCAGAAUAUUCAGAAAAGUGGUGGCUGGGACACUUGUGCACUAGUUGCCAGCUACUUUUAAUGUAUAUAGCUGAUACUAUUUUAUUUUAUUAGGAAUUCUUACAGAUUACACAGAAAAGGGGGUGGCCACAGUCCCCUUGGCCAACACCUAACUCCGCCUUAUAUGCUUAAGGUAGUUCCUUUGAUUUGCCCUGCCCCUACACAUUAGCUACAGCACAUAACAUUGCAACAGGGGCAGUGAUUUUCAAUAGUCACCUAACGAGAGUUUACAGGCAGCAAAGGCCCCUUUUGUAGUCCAAAUGGUUUUUGAUUAAUUGCUACCUGCAACCUACCUGCUACCUGUUACCUAUUUUUGUCUUAAGAGUGUCUGAGAUCUUGAUCUGUCUAAAAGUUUGUGUGGAAGUUUGUUUCGCUAUUUGUUAGCAGUUCCCAGUCCCUGCCGCAUAGCACCCUAUGAAGCGAAGUGAAAUGGCAGCCAAAAUCUCAUUAGUGUGAGUGCUAAGAAAGUCUAUUAUUCUUUUUGAACACACUUAAAAGGAAAUGGCAGUAAACGUAUUUAGAGUUUCUUAGCACUCUUCAAUGUGUGACCUCUUUGUCAGACAUUCGUGAGUGUUAUGUAUGAGGUUGAACUCGAAAGUCGAACGCGAGUGCAAGGGACAGCUUAAUCUUUUCUGUAAUGCACCUGUGCUUGUCAUGCAAGUUGUAAACUAAGUGAAGUUAAUUUUGGGAAGGUAGCGAAUGUUUAAGUGAGGAAUCGAGGGGAACACAAUGUUCUCUCAUGUGUUUCGAAGCCCUGUCGUUCCAUGAGCCCAACCAGUUUUCAGUUGUGGAUCGUUGUGGAUCACAAACACAAUCAAAGAAAACUUGUUAUGAGGAGACAAUUUGUUUCAAAGCGCCCUAGAAAAUUAACUCAACAGAAUCGUUUUUUGUGCUGCAAAUUGUCGAUCAUGUCAAUCAAUCAAUCAGUCCAUAAGAAGUAGGUUUCAAUUAAUAAUUUUGAAGAACCAAAAUAAAUUUUAAAAAGUUAAUGCAAUAUAGCUGGCAAAUCCAAAAUCCUGGUAAUCGAUCCAAACCGUGUUUAUUUCCAGGUACUAUAUUAGAGCUGUCAUUAUUCAAUUUUGAUGCAGAUGAAGCAAAUAAAGAUUGGCUGUCUCUGUAAAAUCUUACAUAAGUUUAUUGUGUAGAUCAUCUUUACAUGCACGUAGCUUUCCACCAAAGCUGAUCACCCACAACAUCAAGUGACCUCAACCUUAACAGGUGUUAUGGAUUAUGGUGCCUAAUGACAGCUCCGCCAUGUUUUGUGGAUUUUUAAGUGAUCUGCAGGGAAAAGAUGGUACAAUUUCUACUGCGUUGACCACUGUAUUGUCCUUAUAUGUAGAUAUCAAAAGGAGAUCACUUUUUUUGUAUACAUUGCGUUGAUUUGUAUAUUUGAGUGGACCUGAGUAUUAAUCAAAAUACUUUAAAUGCAGACUGUACCUCAAUUUAUUUAAUUAUAGUGACUAUUGGCUGACAUUCUUUACUUUUAGACAUGGAAGUUUGUCAUUGUUCCAAUGAUCCUGUAUUGUUGUGAGCGCCUCCUAAGAGUGUACAGGUCUUUUCAGCCAGUGACGAUUAUAAAGGUGCAGUAAAUAUUUAGCAGGGUGUAAAUUAACUGAAAUAUUUGCUGGUGUUGCAUUUUUUUAUUUUUGACAUUUUUGUUUGGUUUAUUUUAUGACAACACAAACAUCACUUGAUUGAUGCCAGACACGAUGAUACUUUUUAGUUCAGUGGAACCUUGAUAUAACAAACCUCCAUGUAAUGAAGUCCUUGGUUAAAUAAGGAAUGAUUUUCUCUACUCCAGUCAUUAUGGGAAAGAACUUCGAUAUAAUGAAACCUUGUAAUAGCAAACCAAUUUUUCUAGUCCCUUGGCUGUUUGUUAUAUCGAGGCUCCACUGUAUCAGCAGGUUGUAUGUGUGAAUUGUACAGUUGAUUCUCUCUCAAUGGACUCUUCUAAAAGACGAGCACCUCACUAAAACACACACCUUAAGUUGGUCUCUGCCUUUCUUUACUCCCAUUGUUUUACUCUCUAUAAGACAGAAAUCACUCUUUGAUGGACAUCUAGUGCCGGUUCCAAAUGUGUGCGUCUGAGAGUGAGUUGAAUUGUGUAACCUACUCAGCCAUGGCGUUAAAGAAUUUAGUAUUACCUGCAUGCCUUUUGAUCGGCUGAUGUACUUGCUGUCAGCUAAACUGUGAGCUCAUAGAUGGUUGAUAGUGAAAAGUUGCUGUAUGCAGAGAAAUAAAAUGGUCAAAUAUGAAAAUUGCCAAUAAAUCCCCUUAAAUAUGUACUUGUAAAAUGUUACAUUGAAAACAUUCUAGUUUUUAUGCACUCUUAAUCUGCAUCUGCUCAAUAGUUUUGGCUUCAGGCUUAAAUUGUCCUACUUUAAUAAUCAGUGGACAGCAAUCUCCAAUCUCCCUUUAUCUUAUAUUGUUACAUGUAAAGGCCUGUAGCUUGUUGGUUUAAUUUACUAUCUUUAUUUACAUACUCUGUAAAAGGUCAUCAAACAUCCAUCAAGAGUGCUUGAGAUUCAAAUGAAGAAAGAGGGCUUCACAUGCGAGGCUGGACAGGUGAGUAACAAAUCAAACACAGGGGUCUAGACAGGAAAAAAUUUCCAUCAAAAAAUUCAUUUUUAUAGGGACUGCGUCACUAGUUGCAGAUUAGCCCAUUUUCUUUAUUUUGUCUAGUCAUUAACAUUAGGAAAGAAAUUACUUUUCACAGGGUAGCUAGGAAAGUGAUUGAAAGGGGUUAAUUUGAUGAGGAGUCACCUUGAGGGGUAGCUGGGAUAAACAUAACACCUCCCAGCUAAUAACUCUGAUGGUCGCAGAUUUUUGGUGCAAAAAUCUUAGAUAAAUAAGAUCGAAUUAUUUUGUUAGCAGGGAAGGAGUACAUGUAUAUGUAGAGUCAACACUGAUAAUAAGAGUGUAUGCAAGGGUAAAGCAUUCUAAGGUUUUUGCAACAUGACUCAGGCAUUGUCACACAAUAAAAUUGUGCAUCCCCUGCAUCUAUAAAAGUUUUUUUUUUCACAAUCCAAACUGAUUAGGAGUGGAAAGAAAUCAAAUAUAGAACUAUUAUUCAUGUUUAAUCUCAUUUCUAUGAUUAUUUUCAGUACAUUUUCCUCAAGUGCCCUAAGAUCUCACAUUUGGAGUGGCAUCCCUUUACUCUAACAUCUGUAAGUACAAACAAAAAACUGUUACAUUUAUUGUUAAUGCUUGUUUGUGAGUCCCAAUUUGUCAACUCACACGUUUUCCUUAGUUGUAUUCCUGCAUUAACUUUCAUUGCUAUUUAAGAGAAGUUAUUAAAAUAAGUGGGUGUCUGACUAUUAUUGUGGGUGACAAGAGGAGCUCACAAUCCUAAUCUCCAAGUUGCUAGUGCGCUUGCACCUCAGGUAUGUAGCUAUAGCCUCAUUUGGAGUUCAACUGAGAAUGAGUGGAAUGCAUCACACGCAAUAUGAUCACACGCAUUCAGACCCUCUAUCACUUGUGAUUUAAUCACUCAUGUUUUGACCAUCUAUCACGUUAAACUGAUGCAAAGCACAGGGUUUGAGCAAAAGUGCUUUGACCUUCCAUCGUUGUCACCUGCACUCCGUAACCUUUGGUUAUUACUCGUUUAUAGAGGUAGGCAAUGUGCAAAGUUUCACGUUUUUGGGACCAUGGGAACUAGAGAGAGAGAGCCCCAGAGGGGCUUUUCAGUGAUACAAUAUAAUGUUAUAUUCCAUUACCAAAUGUCUAAUAUCAUUUUCAUUAUCUUUAUUGUCGUCAUCAUCAUCAUCAUCAUCAUCAUUAUUAUAAUUAUAAUAAUAAUUAUUAUUAUUAUUGAUAAUAAAUUUAUUAAUUCCAGGCACCAGAGGAAUCCUACUUUAGCAUCCAUAUAAGAGAUGCAGGAGACUGGACGAGUGAGUAAAGUUGAUUGGUUAUCUAAACAAGAGACAAGGAGCUCUUGUAAAGUACUACAUGGCCUGUGCAGCAAGUGUUUCUGCUUGAGUUAAUGUGAAAACGUCACGAGUUUGACCUCACUUUUUCAUAUCAUUUUUAUUAUAGACACUCUGCACAAAGAAUUUGAUGUUGGUGGGGAUGGAAUUAAAAAUAUAGCUGAUUGUCCAAGGUAAAUAAUAUUUUCACUUUUUACACCGUAAAUUAUAUUUCGUGGGAAUUCUGCAGUCGUUUUGUUCCGGGAAUAUUACAACAACAUUUUUUGUUGAUAGAUGAAGUAUUGACCCCAGUUUGCUUUCAUGUGUGAGGUUUAAAAAGACCAACCAUAGUUGCAUAGUUAGUGUAUAUAGGAGACUGGUUAUGAAAGCCCGGAAAAUAUCAAAACUGAUAAAGACAACAGUGCUGCAGUUUAUGUAGCCGGCUCUCCUGAUGGUGCUCAAUCUUUUGAUAUUGGUGGAAAAAUUGUGGCUGCAUAAAUUUAUUAGACGUUGGUUCAAAAUGGUAGUUUUUGCCAAUGUCCAAAAAAGGUAACACAAUGUAAAAAAAAAAAAUCUGACGGGCUGUAUAUCCUUUGCAUUUUAUUGGCUGUGUUUUGUCAGGGGGUUGUUUUUGUGGUAACCAGGGGCAAGAGAAGAUGUGAAAAUGGUACUUAAGUGACAAGUACUACCUGGUGAUUGGAUUUACGUAAGGAAGAGGUGAAAAUAGGUCGUUCUUUCUUUCUGAAAUCCCAUCUGAAUCCAGCACUAAGACCAUGUCAAGACAGCUGGUGUGUGCAGAUGGAGCUGGAUGAAGUGGCCAGGUCUGUGCAGUCCACAACGCAUUUCUCAGAAUUUCCUUUCUGCUCCUUUAACCUGCUAAAGCUUUCUUCUUUGGGGCCCUCCUAGUUUAGACUGAGAUGGUAAGCCUGUGCAUGGUAAGGUGAACCUGCACCAAGACAGUUGAGGGAAAGAGUGGUAGACUGUGUUACAGCGAGGAUCUACCCUAGCUCUUGCUGACUAAUAAAUGAGAGUAUGUUAUCGAAAACGUAGUACAUGUCUGUCGUAAGUGCAAAGUAAUCGUGAAUGGAAGAAUGAAUGUUGAGUUUUAUUUAUCAGAGAAUUCAAACAGUUGUCAGUAAACGUUCACGUAGAAGCUGCUGUUUCAUUUUGCCUGCAUUAAGGUGUUAAUUUUUGUUAUAGACUGGCUGUGGAUGGUCCAUUUGGUACAUCAAGCACGGUAAGUAACGUGGACAUCUUUGAUCAUAACAUGUUGAUAUUUCUUUCACGCCACGGUACAUACAAGUGUUGCUAUGUGCCUUGUAGACCUCUGACUUAUUCCUCUUUAAGUUUGGCUUUUUGGUUACCCACAGACACAACCUUCUUUGUAUGCCUUAAUUUGUACCAAUACUAUCAAGGGCACAGUUAAGCAGAUGACAAGAAAGUUAUUGCUUUUCCCAUAUUAGGUUGUAUUAUCUAUGAAAAUUGCUUAAUUUUGGUAUACACUCAUACUGUUUUGUGAGAGAUAUCAGUCACCAUAUAUCACUGGAAAGCAUUGCAAACAUUAUUUAUAUUAACUAGUAUGUAUUACAUAUUUUCUUUGGGAUACCUGUAAUGAUUACGAGCGCGUGAUCUCGGGGAGAAAGAAUCAUGACAUCAUUUGAACCUGCUUUUUUUCAGGAUGUGUUCAAAUAUGAGGUUAUUAUGUGCAUCGGUGCUGGAAUUGGGGUGACUCCAUUUGCGUCAAUCUUGAAGUCUGUUUGGUAAGCUUUUUUGACCUAAUAGUUUAUAUUGACCUUUUUUCAAUUACUAUCUACACAAUAACAGCAAUCGCCGUAGAACCGGCAUUCAGUACCCACGACAGAAACGUGUCCACCUUUAAGAGAGUCAUUGUAAAGGACUAUAGCCGGAAUGGUAGGGACCUGCUCGGAAUAUCCGUUUAGACGAGGUUUUCUUCGUUUAGCUAUAAAUUAAGGUGUCCGCUUUGAGAACAACCUCGUCCCCAGAGUUGCUUUGAGAAAGUUUACUCUAAUUUUCAAGAAUUGCAUGUAAAUGCUGAAUUCCUCUUAUGUAUAGAAAUUUUUUAUUCUCGGUUGUCUGAAUCAUAUUUAUUUCUCCUAAUUCACCAGGUAUCGCCACAAUCAAGGUUAUGAUAAUCUCAAGAUUAAGAAAGUGUACUUCUUCUGGAUUUGUAGAGAUACAAAUGCUUUCGAAUGGUUUACUGAUCUUCUCAAGCAUUUGGAAAUUCAGGUGAAGUGCAUAUGCUCGGAAACAGGGCAUUUCGACGCGUUUUACACUGUUAGUUAGCGUAAAGCUUCAAGGCCAUAGAUUUAUUUGCCAUAAGGUGAUCGCAAUGAACAAACAGUAUUUCAUCAUCAUCAUUUUCGUCAUCGUUGCCAUCAUCAUCAUCCAUCAUCCAUCAUCCAUCAUCCAUCAUCCAUCAUCCAUCAUCCAUCAUCCAUCAUCCAUCAUCCAUCAUCCAUAUCAUCAUCAUCAUCAUCCAUCAUCCAUCAUCCAUCAUCCAUCAUCAAUCAUCAAUCAUCAAUCAGGCCAAUCGGUGGAUAGGGUCCGGUGGGAAAUUUGGUCCAUCCUAUUGCCUCUGUCUCUCGCAGCAAUGAAGGCCUCAGCCCAAGAACUCGAUUCCAUCUUGAAUAGUUCUUUCCCCACUCACAUUUUUGAGAAUGUAUUUCUCUGUCUUCUCCUCUCUUUUUCUCGCCUUCUGAGGCCCAGGUGACGGUGUUAAAAUUCGUCCACAGGGAAACCUGUAUUAAGCAGACUCCAUAUUAGGUAGAAAAAUAGCUAAUUUUUCCCCAUAGUUUCUGUAAAAUGAACUGGUAUUUGGGGAACAGCUCUAUUACGUAUGUAACAACGAAGGUCCCUUGAGUGUAAGCGUAAUACAGGUUUCACUAUAUUUCUUAUGGAUGACCGAUAAACCACCACCUUCCCAAAAUGAAUCACAAGCUAAAUAUUUUGACCGUUUACAAAAAAAAAGAAAUCAAUCCGGCAGCAGGAAAUUAGCCGGUGCAGUAAGCUAUAAAGGGCAAACGGUUUGGCAUGCGAGCAUGAACAAGAGAAGUAGGAAUGAGGAAAUUGUAUAGUUUUGCUCCAACUGGGACCGUAACACUUGAAUAAAUGCUUGCUCCGCCGGGUGAAUGGAAUGUGGGUAAUUUACUUAAAGCUUCACGCAAGAAGGUAUUUACCUUUCAUUACUAAUUUCAGAUGGCAGAACUGGAAAUGCUUCACUUCGUGGAAUACAACAUUUAUCUCACAGGAUGGGAUAACAAACUGGUAAGACUAACAAGCUCAAUAACCAGUUCCCCCACCCCACGUCUGUCCGUCCAGCAGGGCUGUCGCUAAGAUUUCAAGUUGCUGGAUAUACCGUAUUUCCUCGAAUAAUAGCCGUCCCUCUAAUAAUCGCCCCCCUUUUAACGGAAAUGUUUAAAAUAAUCUCAUAUCCAACGCGCACUCGUGGAAUAAUUGUUAAUUAUACCAUAAAUCCUUGGGUCAUAUCCCUUUUCUUCGUUUAGCGUCGAAUGCCUUAGUUACCUACCCCAGUGUUUCUGUAAUUCUUUGCCUAAAAUUAUUUUCAUUGUACGAAUUCAUCGCUGUGUUUCUGUGAAUUAUCUUAAGGAAGAUUAUAGCAGGUGCCGAGGAGGGUUUUUGGUGGGGGGUGUGGUUGGGGAAGCAAAAAUAAAUCAUAGGAAGAACAUUCCGCGAAUAAGUUCCCUCCAUUCCGAGCUCUUAUAAUCCCCUCAAAAAUACAAAGAUGUGUAAUUAGAACCGUGAUAACACAUCUAUUAAAAUUCGACUUCAGUCAGUGAGAAAAGUCUUUGUAGUUGUAGUUACUUGAUACAAUUGUUGUAUUUUUUAGGCUAUUCAGACUACUUUGCAUGCAGAAGGUGCUCAAGACAACAUCACGCGGUUGGAUGCCAAGACAAAAUAUGGCAGACCAAAGUGGGAUGACAUCUUUAAGGGAAUUGCCAAUAACCACAAAGGGUGGGUAACGUAAUAAAAUAAUUUGGAAGCUCAAGUAAACACGACGGUAAUGCUAAAGAAUCGUCAAUUGUUGCUUCAAACGUUGUCGUGAAUAUUCCAGUUUGCUUGGUUUGUUGAAUAUGGGAGUUGUUUUCCCCGUAAGUGAAUAUUGUUAGUGAACUGUAUUUGUUCCGUUUAUUUAUUUGUGUUAUUAUUAUGUUAUUUCAUUUUUUUUUUAUACCUUUUAACCUAUUCUAAAGCGCAUUUGAUCAUGCUCCAUGGAAAAUUGCGCUAUAUAAGUUUUAAUUAAUUGUAAUUGUAAUUGUAGAACCGUAUCAAUGGUCGUAAAGGGAAAGAAAAAUUUUGCUCCCAUAAAAUAGUUCAUUAUCAAAUUUCGUGUCGUCCACACUGAGCUAUAGUUGUCCGUUUAUUUAGACCCGCUUUUCUUUCUGCUUCUGUUCUUCGCUGUCCCUUUCAGUGCUCUUUCACUCUCAGUCAUUUCGAAGAAAGAUAUUGAAGUAAAUCUUGUAAAAUACUUUUAUGGGGGGAGAAAGUAUUUGACUUUUAAUUGUCGUGUAGUAUCCAAAUUAUAUCUAAGUCUUGUCAGCUAUCUUGAUCCCCACUCCUGGGUGACGCUGAUGUCAAAGCUGAUGGAGUGUAAGUUAAUGGAAAAGUUAUCAAACCAAGACACAUGGGAGACGAACCUUGUUGUGCGAAAGCUAGUGAAGCAGUGAUGAGCUUAUAAGAGGAGGCACCAGUCUUCGUCAUGCUCGCUGUUGUGAGUGGCCUCAGCUUGUUGGACUGUAGACUACGAGCAGUCUCUCUUUUUCCUGUGGUCCGUCGAGCAAAACACGAGACACGCAAAUGGCCACGCGCCGAGACUGCCCGCAGUCUAGUUGGACUGCAAUAUUUUUGCAGAUAUAAAACUUUUUUUAGCCUUCAGGUAGUAGUACUUACCUUCUCAGUACAUUUUGCUAAUUUUGGAUGUAUGAUUCGUUUGGCAUCUGCUGGAUUGAACACGCUUGAAUUUUGACGCCCCAUUCAUCACAAAGACACCUUCAGCGUUUGUAUUCGUUUCUGUGCAGUCCUCUCAAAAGCGUUUCUUUAUAGAGUCUGAAGUUAGUCGCAGAAAAGUGUUUCAAGAGGGGCAAUCUGAUCAAGAAGGUAACUGACGCUCGCUGGGGGUACGAACUUUACCAUCCACCGUACGUCGACUUUGCCUUGGUGUAUUCUACUGCAGAGUAUACUGCUCUGUCUGGUCGCAAGUUUUCCACACCUCAGCUGUCGGCACCAUGAUUUACGACUCCCUGAGAGUCAUCUCUGAAUGCUUAGCCCCCAUUCCCCCACUUCUUCUGGUAUGUUUUGUUUUGUUACCAGAUGUAGCAGCAUCCCGCCUGCCAGCAUCUGAAGGAACCACCUGGUCCUGAAACUCGUCGAGAAAUCUUAUUUGCUGGACAGCCUUGCGCCAUGGGUCGCAAUGAGAACUCACAACAGCACCUUAAACGCAAGAAUUUAGCUGUAUGCGUCCCAGUGCCUUUGACCAGUGCCCCUCUCUCUUUAGUAAUUAAAGUGGGUCAUGGAACAGUGGCGCAGGGGAUGGGAGAGAAAACACACCAGGUUACACAAUUACCGCUUACAUUCCUGAGCCCUCCAUUAAACCUGUUGGCCACUUCCUCCCAUGUCACGCCUAAGUCAACCUUACAUGUGUCCCCCGCAUCUUUUGGGGGAAAACUCAGGCCUCAUUUUACGACAUUAGUGCGGUAG